AUGCUUGCGCUCCGGGCCCUCAGGCGCGGAUCAUUCCGCACUCCGGGCGUACCCCUUCGCAGUUGGGAUGGUUCGCGCCAGCUGGGCAGAGAUCAUGGGAGAACUGCCUCUGCGCUGCCAGGUUGGAGGGAUUCCUCUUGGCCCUUCCAGGGCUGGGCCGAUUGCUACAUAGCUUUUAACGAUCCACCAGGUGAGUUGCUCCAUAUCAUCUUAACCCUGGUGCGAGCGCGACUCUUGGAAGUUGACCGCCUUGUAAGCGUGGCGGGUUCGAUGACUGCUCUGAACUUUCUCACAGCAUUGAAUCCUGGACACAUACACUUCUUCGACAUGAACCCCUGUGCCAUUCAAUGGGGCAGGAUGCUUUGCGAAUUGAUCUUGCUCUCGGACACACCGCAAGAGUUUGUGUCACGACUCUUUGCGCGAAAUGUGGCUGAGUUCGAGCAUCAUGCCGGGAAGCUGACUGUCUUGAACCAGGACAGGUAUUUGAUGUGGCCUGCGUCCGCAGCCUUGCGCAACAGCACGCAGCGAUUUCUAUCGCACGAGGCUGCUGCUGUUUACUCCCAGAUUCUGCGCUCUUACCAGGAUGGGGCUGUGCUCAGCGGUUGGCACACGCCCCGCAUUGUGCCCUGCGAAGAUCGCCGACAGCUGAGCCACGCCACUCGCUCGGGUUUGGGCAGUCAGGGCCGUCUUCCGAGUGAUGGAGUGGCAUCCUUCCAGUAUGGAGAGGGUUGGCUGGGGUCAAGCUGGCUCUACUCAGAGGUGCGAAGGAAAUUGCGGGAAACCUCGGUGACAUGGGCGAGCUGUGUGGAUUUCCCGGUGGCAGAGCCUGAAGACUUGCUUCCAAGAGCAGCUCUUGAACAAUCUGUGAAGCCGCCCAUCACGCUUUUGUUCGUGAUGGAUAUGUUCUCCUCCGAGUUUGCAAGUGCUUGGUCGGAAGACAGGGCCCUCCGGACCGGGAUGCGCGGAAAUGAGCGGAUGGUAGAUGGGAAAGUUCUCAUCCGCAUCGUCAAUCCACGUCUUGGUAUCAAGCAGCACUUUUCCUUGAAUCUGAUGAGGAUGGCGCAGCAUGCGGGGCGGCUGCUUGUAGCCCAAACCAUCACUGCACAAAAGAGUCAGCUGCUGCAG